CUUCAAGAUGGCAGCUGAAAUUGAAAGCAUAGAAAAUAUUCUGGAAAAACACAUCCCUGCUGCAGAAUUGGAUGAAGUUGCACGAUUACUUUAUGGCAAAAAGUUAAGAAUUCUACCUCUACCACAGAAAGCAUUAGAUGAUGCCCGACAAAGAAAUUUUGAAAUCAAAGCAUAUGGUUUUGAUGCAGCAAAGGAGAGCACUCGCAGUGCCAGGAUCGUACGUGUCGGUGCCAUACAAAAUAAAAUCAUUCUGCCUACCACAGCUCCAGUACAGGAACAGCGUGAGAGCCUAGAGAAGAGAAUCUGUGAGAUUAUAGAAGUAGCAGCAGGAUGUGGGGUUAAUAUUAUUUGUCUUCAGGAGGCUUGGAACAUGCCUUUUGCGUUCUGUACACGUGAAAAACAGCCCUGGUGUGAAUUUGCUGAAACUGUUGAAUCUGGUCCAACUACAGCCUUAAUGAAGGAGUUAGCACGAAAAUACAAUAUGGUAAUAGUUUCACCAAUAUUAGAGCGUGAUGAAAACCAUGGUGAUAUCUUAGCUAAUACUGCAGUGGUGAUAUCCAAUACAGGGGAAGUAAUUGGUAAAUCACGCAAGAAUCAUAUACCCCGUGUUGGCGAUUUUAAUGAGUCAACGUAUUAUCUUGAAGGAGACACAGGUCAUCCCGUCUUUCAGACUCAAUUUGGUCGUAUUGCUAUCAAUAUUUGUUACGGGAGACAUCACCCACCCAACUGGAUGAUGUACGGAGUAAAUGGGGCAGAAAUCGUUUUUAAUCCAUCAGCAACAGUUGGAGCUUUAAGUGAACCUUUAUGGCCGAUAGAAGCACGAAAUGCAGCUAUAGCCAAUAGUUAUUUUACUUGUGGUAUAAACAGAGUAGGCUCAGAAGAGUUUCCAAAUGAAUUCACAUCUGCAGAUGGUAAACCAGCUCAUAAAGAUUUUGGCCAUUUUUACGGUUCUAGUUAUUUUGCUGGUCCAGAUGGCAGCCGAACACCGGGGCUAUCUAGAACAAGAGAUGGUCUAAUAAUAUCUGAGAUGGAUCUGAAUUUAUGUCGGCAAGUGAAGGAUAAAUGGGGUUUCAGGAUGACGCAGAGAUUAGAUCUGUAUGCAGAGGAACUGGCUGAGGCUGUGAAACCAGAUUAUAAACCGCAUAUUAUUAAGGAAAAAUAAUUUUUCAGGUUUUGACUGAUUAUGAGAUCCAAUGGUGCUGGAAAUUCCACAGAAAAUGAUAAUGCGAAUAAAUUUGUUUUAAACACUG